GGUGCCUGUGGGGGAAGCGCGUGGCUCCGUCGCUCUUCGGGCCGGGGGGCUGAAGGGCGCCGUCGGCAUCAUGGUGAAGGAGCAGUUCCGCGAGACGGACGUGGCCAAGAAGAUAAGCCACAUCUGCUUUGGGAUGAAAUCCUCUGAAGAGAUGCGGCAGCAGGCUCACAUCCAGGUGGUCAGCAAAAACCUUUACAGUCAAGACAACAAUCACUCUCCUCUGCUCUAUGGUGUGCUGGACCAUCGCAUGGGCACAAGUGAAAAGGAUCGUCCUUGUGAAACCUGUGGAAAGAAUCUGGCAGAGUGUUUGGGUCAUUAUGGCUACAUUGAUUUGGAGCUGCCUUGUUUCCAUGUAGGGUACUUCAAAGCUGUAAUAGGCAUUUUACAGAUGAUUUGCAAGACUUGUUGCCGUAUCAUGCUGACCUCUGAAGAACGGAAGCAGUUUUUAGAUUAUCUGAAGAGACCUGGUUUGACUUACCUCCAGAAACGUGGCUUGAAAAAAAAGGUCUCUGAAAAGUGCAGGAAAAAGAACACUUGCCCUUACUGUGGGGCAUUUAACGGUACUGUAAAGAAGUGUGGUUUGCUGAAGAUAAUACAUGAGAAAUACAAGACCACUAAGAAGAUAGUGGAUCCUGUAGUGUCUAACUUCAGACAGUCCUUUGACACUGCCAUAGAACAUAAUAAAGAAAUUGAAUCCUUGCUGGGAAGAGCACAGGAGAAUUUGAAUCCAUUGGUAGUUCUGAAUAUCUUAAAGAGAAUCCCUGCAGAAGAUAUCCCCCUGCUUCUGAUGAAUCCGGAAUCGGGCAAGCCUUCCGACCUGAUCCUGACACGACUGCUGGUCCCCCCGCUAUGCAUUAGGCCCUCUGUGGUCAGUGAUUUAAAAUCAGGCACCAACGAGGAUGACUUGACAAUGAAACUGACAGAAAUAAUUUUCCUCAACGAUGUGAUCAAAAAGCAUAGAAUUUCGGGAGCCAAGACUCAGAUGAUAAUGGAGGAUUGGGACUUUCUGCAGCUCCAGUGUGCUCUCUACAUUAACAGCGAACUCUCCGGCAUUCCUCUGAACAUGGCGCCCAAGAAGUGGACAAGAGGCUUCGUCCAGAGAUUGAAGGGAAAGCAGGGUCGGUUCAGAGGAAACUUGUCUGGAAAGCGAGUGGAUUUCUCAGGCAGAACAGUGAUUUCACCUGACCCAAACUUGAGAAUAGACGAAGUGGCUGUACCUGUUCAUGUUGCCAAAAUAUUAACAUUUCCUGAGAAGGUGAACAAAGCGAACAUUGAUCUUAUGAGGAAACUGGUUCGAAAUGGCCCAGAGCUUCAUCCUGGAGCCAACUUCAUUCAACAGAGGCACACCCAGAUGAAAAGGUUUUUGAAGUACGGAAACCGGGAGAAGAUGGCGCAAGAGCUGAAGUACGGCGACAUUGUAGAGAGGCAUCUCAUAGACGGGGAUAUAGUCCUGUUCAAUCGACAGCCGUCUUUGCACAAGCUCAGCAUCAUGGCUCAUAUAGCUAGAGUAAAACCUCACCGGACGUUCCGAUUUAAUGAGUGUGUCUGUACGCCGUACAAUGCUGAUUUUGAUGGCGAUGAGAUGAACCUUCAUCUUCCUCAGACUGAAGAAGCCAAAGCUGAAGCGCUUGUUCUGAUGGGAACCAAAGCAAAUUUGGUAACACCGAGAAAUGGAGAACCUCUUAUUGCUGCGAUUCAGGAUUUCUUGACAGGUGCUUACCUCCUCACUUUGAAAGACACUUUUUUUGACCGUGCUAAAGCUUGCCAGAUCAUUGCUUCUAUCUUGGUUAGCAAGGAUGAAAAAAUCAAAGUCCGCCUUCCACCUCCUGCAAUUCUAAAGCCUGUAACCCUGUGGACAGGAAAACAGGUAUUCAGCAUCAUUCUCAAGCCUAGUGACAGUUGCCCUGUCAAAGCCAACCUCCGCACCAAGGGCAAGCAAUAUUGUGGCAAGGGAGAAGACUUGUGCAGUAACGAUUCCUACGUUACAAUCCAUAAUAGUGAACUGAUGUCUGGCAGCAUGGACAAAGGAACUUUAGGGUCCGGGUCCAAGAACAAUAUCUUCUACAUUUUGCUGAGAGACUGGGGGCAAGUGGAAGCUGCUGAUGCUAUGUCACGACUUGCCCGGUUGGCUCCUGUCUACCUGUCCAACCGAGGAUUUUCUAUUGGAAUUGGUGAUGUAACUCCGGGGCAGGGGCUGCUGAAGGCAAAAUAUGAACUUCUGAACGCUGGCUAUAAGAAAUGUGAUGAGUAUAUUGAAGCUCUGAACACUGGCAAACUGCAACAGCAGCCAGGCUGCACUGCAGAAGAGACACUGGAGGCACUUAUCCUGAAAGAGUUGUCUGUGAUCCGAGACCAUGCUGGCAGUGCCUGUCUCCGAGAGCUGGAUAAGAGUAACAGCCCCCUCAUCAUGGCUCUCUGUGGUUCCAAAGGCUCCUUUAUUAAUAUAUCUCAAAUGAUUGCCUGUGUGGGGCAGCAGGCUAUCAGUGGGUCCCGAGUGCCAGAUGGCUUUGAGAACCGUUCCUUACCUCAUUUUGAGAAGCAUUCCAAGCUUCCAGCAGCCAAAGGCUUUGUUGCCAAUAGCUUCUAUUCUGGAUUAACACCCACAGAAUUUUUCUUCCACACGAUGGCUGGUCGUGAAGGUCUGGUUGAUACAGCUGUAAAAACGGCUGAAACUGGAUACAUGCAGAGAAGAUUGGUGAAGUCACUUGAAGAUCUGUGUUCUCAGUAUGACUUGACUGUUAGGAGUUCUACUGGUGACAUUAUACAGUUUAUUUAUGGUGGAGAUGGUUUAGAUCCUGCAGCCAUGGAAGGGAAAGAUGAACCUCUGGAGUUCAGGCGAGUCCUGGACAACAUCAGAGCCGUGUACCCCUGCCGAAGUGAACCAGCCCUUAGUAAAAAUGAAUUGGUGCUAACUGCUGAAUCCAUCAUGAAGAAGAAUGAAUUCCUGUGCUGCCAAGACAGCUUCCUACAGGCAUUGACUGAAACAGGCUAUGAAAAAUAUAAUGAGGAAAUAAAGAAAUUUAUCAAAAACAUGUCUGAAAAGAUCAAGAAAACCAGAGACAAGUAUGGCAUUAAUGACAAUGGCACUACAGAGCCACGUGUAUUGUACCAGUUGGACCGGAUUACUCCAACCCAGCUGGAGAAGUUUCUGGAGACCUGUCGUGAGAAGUACAUGAGGGCACAGAUGGAGCCCGGCUCUGCAGUGGGAGCUCUGUGUGCGCAGAGCAUUGGCGAACCUGGCACUCAGAUGACUUUGAAAACCUUCCACUUUGCUGGCGUGGCAUCCAUGAACAUCACACUGGGGGUGCCAAGGAUCAAAGAGAUUAUCAAUGCUUCCAAAGCAAUCAGCACACCAAUUAUCACAGCACACCUUGACACAGAUGACGACCCAGACUUUGCCCGUUUGGUGAAAGGACGAAUUGAGAAGACGCUGUUGGGAGAGAUUUCAGAGUAUAUUGAAGAAGUUUUCCUCCCUGACGACUGCUUUAUUCUCGUCAAGCUUUCAUUGGAGCGGAUUAGACUGCUAAGACUGGAGGUUAAUGCAGAGACUGUACGAUAUUCCAUCUACAUCUCCAAGCUGCGGGUGAAGCCGGGGGAUGUAGCUGUUCACGGGGAGGCUGUUGUGUGCGUUACUCCCCGUGAGAAUAGCAAGAGUUCCAUGUACUAUGUCUUGCAGUAUCUGAAGGAAGAACUACCAAAAGUGGUCGUGCAAGGUAUCCCAGAAGUGUCUCGAGCUGUCAUUCAUAUUGAUGAGCAGAGCGGGAAAGAAAAGUACAAACUGCUGGUGGAAGGUGAUAACCUGCGCUCUGUCAUGGCCACUCAUGGAGUCAAAGGGACAAGGACAACUUCUAACAACACUUACGAGGUAGAGAAGACCCUGGGCAUUGAGGCUGCUCGCACCACCAUUAUUAACGAGAUCCAGUACACAAUGGUAAACCACGGCAUGAGCAUUGACCGGAGGCAUGUGAUGUUGCUCUCUGACCUGAUGACAUACAAGGGUGAAGUUCUGGGCAUUACUAGGUUUGGACUGGCAAAAAUGAAGGAGAGUGUCUUGAUGCUUGCAUCUUUUGAAAAAACAGCGGACCAUUUGUUUGAUGCUGCAUACUUUGGGCAGAAGGACUCAGUGUGUGGAGUUUCGGAAUGCAUUAUUAUGGGCAUCCCAAUGAACAUUGGAACUGGACUUUUCAAGCUGCUGCAUAAAGCUGAUAAGGAAGCAAGCCCCCCAAGAAGGCCUUUGAUUUUUGACAACCCUGACUUCCAUAUUCUGCUUACUACAUAGCAGCUGGACAGUGGCAAAUGGAUGGUAUGUUGCAAUUGGGCUACGUUUGCUGUAUGCCUCUCUGAAUGGAGUUUAAGGGGCUGGAGAAGGGAGAAAUCACAGUGUGGGCAAGGGAUCUCUUCCCCUAGCACAUUGAAUCCAUAGUGAACGUCAGUUAGUCGCAUUUGUUUUUAAAAUCAAGAAUUUUCUGUGCUAUAUUGAAAAGUUAUAACAUGGAAUUAUGGGACCCUUUUAUGUUUGUUGGAGAGAAUGGGCAGGAUAUAUUUACUACGAUUUUUGCUGGAAGCUGCAGUGAUAGUAUACACAUCCCAUCUGGAGUGAGAUCUGAAUUGGCCCAUAGUUGUGUUCGAUCAAGAGAAGCACUGUAAUUAGCCCUUUGAAGCGCUGAAGAUGAAUGUUCAGCACAGCAAGAAUUACUCAGUGGCUGGAACGAGACAAUGAUAAGCAACACUGAUUUUAUUUGUUAACAACAACAAUUCACAAAGUGCUAAGAUGUACACAUUCCGGCAGCAAAUAUUCCUGCAACCUAUUUCAUUAGUGUACAUGCAGACAGUCAAAGCUGCUUUGACACAGCUAUAUUUAAAUGCAUAGGAGUGGUUGAGGGAGAGCUGUUCAUCACACCACCCUCUAUUUCAGUAGGUAUUUCUGGUGAACUGGAUUGUACCUUCAUUCAUAUGUGUCGUGCAUUAAAGAAAGCUACAGAAAUUCCUUAAUAUGUUAACUCUUGUUAUAUUGUUGGCAAUCUUGGUUCAGUCAAGUUUUUAAUAUGUGAUGGUACUUGGAACCCUUUUAACAAUUUCACAACAUGAUGGGGAAAAGAGACAAUGUGGACAUGCCUGAAGACUGCAUCUCACUCUUGAAUGAAAAAGUAUUAACCCUGCUGGCUUUCUGUCCAGUCUUACAUGUUUAAAUCUGUUAUAAAAUUGUUCUGCUUAUCAAAUGGGAGAGCAUUUGACUCCUUUGCAGUUCUUUUUUGGGCUUGAUUUAACAUUGACUAAAAUAAGCAUUGAGUGCUUGUUUCUUGAUAAUGGAGUGGAAACUUUCCUCCAACCUUAAGUGACUCUUUGGAGGGUGGUUGGAUCCACCCCACUUUUUGCAGGAUAGAAUGGGAAGAGUGAGCCAAAGAAAAAUAAACUUGUCUACAGUAAUAGAAACUAGUUCAGAAAAAAAAAUGCAGGUAUAAAUUUACACUACCAAAUCUUUCCUACAGAUAGAGGAAAGUCUUGUGAAAUACAAGAGCUAUAAUAGAAAAUGCUGGGCAGUUGUGUUUACAGGCAUGGUUGAAGCCUUUGAGAAUGAGCAUAAAUCCUUGAUGGACACUACAGACCAAGGGGAAAAAAGUAGUCGUCAUGUAAAUCUCAUUCAAUCUAAUCUGUGUUUAGCAGGCCGAGGGGAUAAGAGCCAAUAUAUUUGCUCCAGUGUUGUCCUUUCUGACUUGAGGCCCUUCCGUGAGCCAGUAGCGUAUCUGUACGUCCUGUCACUAUUUGUUGCAUGAGCAUGUUAUACCAUUCAAUAUGGACCUUGCAGCCCAAAGCAGGAGUCUUCUUACUUUCAUAAACUUGGUAAAACCUUGCCUUUGUAUAUAUGCUGUUGAUACGGAUAAAGAGACUCCUCAAGAUUUAAGUUUGGGUUCUUUUAAUUGAAGAAAGCCAUCUUAAAAUUUGUUUUAAAUAUUCCUUAAUAAAGUGUAACUAUUUAA